ACAGUCUGAAGGGACUGCUCUGGAAGCGAGGAAGCAGAAAGUAAACGUUAAUCAUUUUGUAACGCAUGUUCAUUUUGGAAACGCAAUGUAUAGUGGUUCAUAUUUAAUCAACCUUAUUUUGCUUUAAACUUUUAAAAGAAGGUUAUUCUGGAUUUACAGAAAGGGGAACAUGAAGGAUAUUUAAAUUAUACAGCAGUCAGUUUGCUGUAUCAUUUGAAUUAAAUAAAGUAUAUAUCGGAUAUACUUUGAGAAUUAUACCUUUUUAGGUUUUUAAAUCUUUUUUUCUAAAACAAUGGCUGAAAGCAAACAGUCCCAAGUGAUUUUUUGCAACGAUUCUCCAAAAAGAGUGUUGGUGUCUGUCAUUAAAACCACUCCGAUUAAACCGAAGGAGAUUGAGAGCCUCAUGCCGACGAGCCCAGGAUUCAGCGACUUCAUGGUCUAUCCGUGGAGAUGGGGAGAAAACGCCCAUAAUGUUACUCUGAGCCCAGGACCCGUUAACGGAGCUGCAUCUCCCUCAAGGAGCAAGACGGGAGGCGAGGGGGACCCCGCUCUCAAUCCAGACUACUUAAAGGAUGGGAUUCGACGCGGGCGCCCGAGGGCUGAGACAGUCAGAGAGCUGAUAAAUGAAGGAGAGAGCUCUUCCAGCCACAUCCGCUGUAACAUCUGCAACAGGGUGUUUCCCAGGGAGAAAUCCCUGCAGGCACACAAGAGAACCCACACGGGUGAAAGACCUUACCUGUGUGACUACCCUGACUGUGGCAAGGCCUUCGUUCAGAGUGGACAGCUUAAAACUCACCAGCGGCUGCACACUGGGGAGAAGCCUUUUGUUUGCUCAGAAAACGGUUGUGGAAACAGAUUUACACAUGCAAACCGCCACUGCCCAAAGCAUCCCUAUGCCAGGCUGAAGAGAGAGGAACCUGCUGGAGGGCUGGGGAAAUCCCAGGCUGCUGACAACAAGGCAGUUGCCGAGUGGCUUGCUAAGUACUGGCAGACCAGAGAACAGCGCACUCCCACCCCCAAGGGAAAGGGGCUACAGAAGGCAGAUCAAGAGCAGCAGGACCCGCUGGCAUAUCUGCAGUCAGACGAGGAUGAGGAGGAAAUGGAGGCGGUGGAGGAGAAGAGUGGGGCAGCACGGCGCCGCCUGCAAGAGCAGCGGGAGCGACUGCAUGGGGCGCUGGCUCUCAUCGAGCUCGCUAACCUGUCUUCCUCCCAACUCCGCCCCUAGAUGGCACUGCCCAGGGCAGCAAUCUUCAUGGGGGGGGGGGCCCAGAAGCUAAAGCACCUUAUUUUGCUUACAUUAGGCUGCUAUUAUGUAGAAUAUUAUAAUAUGAAGAAUGUUGUGGUCUCCUGCACUUAAAUAAGGUGGAGACAACUUUUUUUUUUUUUUUGCACUUUUUGUAAAGAGUAUGAUUGAAAGUACGAGUUUAUUGUAAAUAUAUGGGUUUAACUAUGAUGGACUGCGCAGUGCAGGGAGCAUGCUGGAAAAUACAGUAUGAAGGCCUAGCCCUGGCUUUUGCAAGCCUAAUGCAAAUCACCUACAGCAAUUCAUGAAUCAAGCACAAAUUAAGGAAAUGUCUUUUACAUUAAAAGACAAUAACCUAGAAUAAUCCUGUGAUGAAUCCAUGUUUGUUUCACUUUUGAGAUCAAUCCUGCCCUCUACCCAGACUUUCAUCUGGAUGUGACCUGAGGCACAAAUAAAAAGAAAAGUGAAUUGCCUCUCUAGCUUUUAACCUCUAAGCCACAAAGCCUAAACAUAUAAAAGCACUUCCUGCUGAUGCAGACAGCACAUUGUUAACCUUAUUUAUUAUUCAUUGGUUGCUGUGUGAUCACCAAGUGCUCAAAUAAGGAAAGUGAAGGUUAAGGGUAAUGUUAUUUAGUUUUUGGCUUUUAUAUAAAAAAAAAAAAAAAAAAACACAUGCUUUAUGAAAUUUGGAUGUUGCCCAAGAUUCAGAUUCAUGCCUUAUUUUUGCCCUUAAAAUCCUGUUAUCCAAGGGUCAGGCAAGAAUUUUUUUUUUUUUUUUUUUUUUUUUUUAAUAUAAAUGUUUCCUUUGAGUUUCAGCACUGAAUCAUUUCUAUUUGAAAAUCAGGCCUCAGUUUACAACCAGUUAUUAGAACCAGUGCAUGUUGCUAAUUUUACUUUUAAAAUUCUUUACCAACUCAUUUAUGUUAAAUGACUUUUUUUUUUUAAUAUAUUUUAAUGUAUAUUCAAAGUAUGAGUAAAUUAAGAAAUACAUUUAGGGUGACCUAAUGGACCACAUCCUUUAUAAUUUAAUUAAUUAUCCUUGCACUUGUGUUAGUUUCUUCACUGAGCACCUUAUUCCAAUUUACAAUCCCUAAUGUUUUUUUCUUUUGUUGUGUUUGCAACAGGUUUGACAGGUAAGCCCUGUAUACUGCUGGCCAAGCAUUUUAUAACCAUAUUUUAAGCCAGUUUAAACAGAACAUUUAAAGCGAUUUUAUGGUUUUAAAUAACUUCUGAUUACGUUGUAAUGCUUCCUAAAAAAUGAAUGUCCAAUGUUAUAAAAAUAACAUUUAAUUAUAUAUAUAUAUUCUUUCAUAAUCAAAAGGAAAAUGCCUCCCAGUUAACUUGGUUACACAGUUAGUUGUGUAAUGUGAACGCAUUUAAACUAGGCCUUUACCAGUGGCUCAGAGCUUGAAGCUUACAUUCUUAAUCCGUAUUCUGAAGCACUUGCCUUCACCAGCACUUUGCAAGAAGGUCCUUUUUAUUUGAAUUGUUCCACCAGAGGUGGGAAUUCUCUCAUCAGCAUUUCUGUAGUGGGGGGAUUAGGCUUGCAAAGUCAAUGUGCUAGGAUAGAAACAUUGGGCAUGAACCCUGUAAUGAGAAAUGACACUUGUUUAUACUGUUGAUAAUAAAGGGUAUUGUUUGGUGAUGGUGUUUAGUUGUCUGAAACGUUAGGAACUUUGUUUGCAACACUAAAUAUUUUGCUUUGUAGUAUAAGUAGAGACUGCCUAUUUAAAUUAGGCUUUUAUAUGUUUACCAUAAAGCUACUGCUUUUGUUGAAAUAUUCAGAUUUGUGGCCAUCUAUUAUCAAAUAAUGUUGUUUUGCUUUGGUAUGAGAACUGCAUUUGAAGUUCAGCACUAUUAUAUGGCAUGGUUUUGUUUUUUAGACACUUGGCAUUAUGGUACUUAGUUUAAUCUCACAAAGCAAAACUUUCAAGCAAAGUGUUAUCUUUUGACAUUGUAAAGACAUAAGUAUUUGCAACCAAAAUAUUUGGCGAAUCCACACCCAUAAAACCUUGGCAACCUGUUGCAUAGUACAAAGUAUGUACUGUUAGUGAAAGUUGAUAUUCGGGCAAAAAAUAGUUGCUGCUUUUUUUUUUUCUCAAAACGCACAAAAGGCUUGCAAAGAUAUAUGGCUUAACAGUAUUUUUCAAAAGGUUAACUGGAAAUUCUGUAUAAAAAGGCAUCUAAAAACACCACUGCAAAUUUGCAGUGCUGUAUUAAGGGCAACAUUUUGAAAGAAAAUACAGAUGUACGUAAGUGUAAUUAAACAGACAUUUGACAGAUGUUGACCCUAGAAGUGUUAAAUAACAGUUUUUAGAUAGCUACUUCUAGUAGUUCUCUUAAUUACCCCACCAAGGUUAGAAAUUGGAUGUUUUGGAGUACACCACAGGCACUACUAGGGUCAAGGCUUACUUAGACUUUGGGUUUUCUUGAACUGAACCCCGAGCUGUAUUUAAUAAGGAAGGAAAGGGAUUCUUUUGACUUACCCGAGUCCAGAGUCUUUACUUACUUUACAGUUCUUCCUAAUUACGUGAGCUGUCGUCAUGAACAACUGCUUUUUGUGGGUUUUUUUUUUUUUUUUUAAAUUCAAGAUGGUUGCACAAAGACCUGUUUGUGAAGUGUAAAAGAGAAACAACUUUGUAUUGCUUUAAUUUGUUUUGUAUGAAUGUAUUUUACUACAGCGUGCUACACACGAGCAACCUUUUGCGAAGAUGUCUUUCAUUUGGAAUUCAUUUAGGCAGCACAUGUCUGGCUGUUAAAUUCCAAGUGUUAAGAAGCAAGUCUGUCUCAAUUGUUCUCAAGUUAUUUUGUACAUCUUUGUUUUCCAUCUGUUAAAAAAUAACUGUACCAGUACUUUGGUUUUUGGUAUUUGACAUUGAUGCCUCAGACUGAAAUUGCAUUGUAUUUGGAAGAAAAUGCUAAAUUGGCUGUAACUUCUCUUUAGUGCUUUAAAUGAAUAAAUAAAACAUUUUAAAAAAAUGGUUUAUUUUUUCCCAUCUUGCAGUAAUUUGUUAUUGAUCGAUUUUGUUUUUCAGCAAUUGCCUUUUUAUGUAAAAUAUGUUGGGUGGUAUAAAAAGUAUAUUGUUAGUGUUGUUGGGUCAGAAUGUUUAAUUAUUGUUUCAUUGGUAGUCUUGGUUUCCAUUUGGAAACUGAUGCCAUGGAACUGCCUUGAAGAAAGUCAAAUAAAAUAUUCCAUAUCUACCUUUCUUUGCCUGUAACAUUAACCACAUACUGUAGUAUAUUUUCCAAAAGUAAAGGCUGUUGUACCAUA